AUGGCGGAUCGUGCCAAAUCUGCACCGCUUCCAGAGAUGGACGAGGCCGUUAAGACGGCCGGUGAGCCCUCACGCUCGCCGGUUGAAGCUGAAAUCCUGCCAGCGUCGCACUGGCAGCAGAUCGAGCCAGAACAGUUCGGCGACGAUGAUUCGGGCUACAGCGACAUGCUAAGCAGCACGGCCUCGCUGUCCAGCACCAUCCUCGAGUAUCGGAGCCUCCAUGGCAGAACCUACCACGGGUCUGUCGGCAAUGCUGAGGCAUGGGAGCCAAACGAUGCAGCGCACGCCGAGUCCAUGGAUAUCCAUCACCACAUGUGCACCCUUCUGCUAGGUGGGAAGCUCUUUCUGGCGCCGAUCGCAGACAAUCCCCAGAAAGUGCUUGAUGUCGGCACCGGCACCGGGAUUUGGGCCAUCGACUUCGCCGACGAACACCCCAACACCGAAGUGAUUGGGACCGACUUGUCCCCGAUGCAGCCAGCGUGGGUCCCGCCCAACGUCAAGUUCGAGAUUGACGACGCCAACCUGGACUGGACGUGGGCGGAGAACAGCUUCGACUUCAUCCACGCGCGCAUCCUCGCGGGGAGCAUCUCGGACUGGCAAAAGUUCUACCGCAACGCCUUCCGAUGCUGCAAGCCGGGCGGCUGGAUGGAGAGCCACGAGGCUUCCCUGCUGUGGCGCUCCGACCUGGGCAUCAGGGACGAGAGCGCCAUGGGCCAAUGGGGCAAGGUCUUCCAGGAAGCCGGCAGGAAGACGGGACGGACUUUCUCUCUCGUCGACGAGGGCCUCCAGCAGAAGUACAUGGAAGAGGCCGGUUUCGUGGACAUCGUCGUCAGGGACCUUCCGUGUCCCUCCGGCGACUGGCCCAAAGAACCGGACAGGAAAGAGCUCGGCUUGUUUGCUCGCAUGGCCCUUGAAUCCGAUAUUGACGGAUAUAUCCUCUACAUAUGGGGUUCGGUCAUGGGCUGGAAGCCCGAAGAGAUCAAGGUGUACAUUGCCCACCUGCGGCGCGAGGUACGCGAUUCGAGCAUCCGGUCCUGGUUUCUCCGUCGCGUGGUGUAUGGCAGGAAACCCGAGGCGGCUCCGUAG